UUGAAAAACAGUGACCGGAUGAUUAUUUGCCCUCGCUAGUUGACAGCCCCUCGUACGACCGUGACAGUUAGAGCAAACUUAUCUGGUGCUGCUCUCUGCUCUGCGUUGACAAACAACCUUGCAGUUGCCAAAGACGGACUGAAAAUGCUGUCUUACAUCAUUGGUUUGAUCCGAGGCGGCUUUGACAGCAUCGUUAACUUGAUCUUCAGACUCCUCUUCUCAAAGAGGAGACCAGCCCUCACCUUAGAGGACCCCAACAUCAAAUAUGCACUGCGACUGCUGGACAAGCAGAUUGUCAGCCAUGACACAAGGAAGUUCCGAUUUGCCCUGCCUUCCCCUGAACACAUUCUCGGUCUCCCCAUCGGGCAGCAUAUCUAUUUGUCUGCAAAAAUAGAUGGAAAGCUGGUGGUUCGUCCGUAUACACCAGUGUCCAGUGAUGAUGACAAAGGCUAUGUGGACUUAGUGGUGAAGAUUUACUUUAAAGAUGUUAAUCCUAAAUUCCCAGAGGGUGGGAAGAUGAGUCAAUACUUGGAGAGCCUGAGGAUCAACGACACUAUUGACUUCAGAGGACCCAGUGGUCUUAUUGUUUACAAAGGCAAAGGUGUUUUUGCUGUACAACCAGAUAAAAAGUCCCCCGCUGACACCAAGACAGCUAAACAUGUAGGCAUGAUCGCUGGAGGAACCGGAAUCACUCCCAUGUUGCAGCUCAUCACAGCUGUGAUGAAGGAUCCACAGGACAAGACAGUGUGUCACCUGCUGUUUGCCAACCAGACUGAGAAAGACAUCCUGUUGCGACCAGAGUUGGAGGAGAUUCAGGUCAACCACCCGGACCGGUUCAAGCUGUGGUUCACUUUGGACAAAGCACCUGAAGACUGGGAGUACAGCCAAGGCUUCAUCAGUGAAGACAUGGUGAGGGAACACCUGCCGCCUCCAAGUGAAGACACUCUCAUCCUGAUGUGCGGACCUCCGCCUAUGAUCCAGUUCGCCUGCAACCCCAAUGUGGACAAAGUUGGCCACUCCAGCAGCCGCAGGUUCACCUUCUAGACGUCUGUCCACACCAAAGAAAGCGGUUUGGGCGUCCAGUUAUUAUAUUCACUACCUUGAAAGCAUUAAGGCAUUUGUACAGUUGCAGUGGGUAUUGCACUAUAUAUGUUUGCUAUAUUUAUGUAAUCAUAUCCAUCAUGCAACAGAAUCACAGCAAGGACCAAUUAAAGUAGUCAGUCA